AAAUCAAAUACUUGUAGAUUUCAAUUCUCAAUCAAUGGCAUACGUUACUAAAUUGCAGGUUGAAAAUUAUGUGUUCCCACCAACAAUGGUGAAUCCUCCUGGUUCAAACAAUACCUUCUUCCUCGCUGGCGCAGGGAAUAGAGGUUUGGAGAUUGAAGGAAAAUUUGUGAAGUUUACUGCGAUCGGGGUGUACUUGGAAGAGACUGCUAUUCCAUUUCUAGCUGCUAAAUGGAAAGGGAAAAGCUCUGAGGAGUUGACAAAUUCAGUUGAAUUCUUUAGGGAUAUCGUUACAGGUCCCUUUGAGAAAUUCACUCGAGUGACUAUGAUCUUGCCCUUGACGGGUAAGCAAUACUCUGAGAAGGUGGCAGAAAAUUGUGUUGCCUAUUGGAAAGCAAUAGGAACCUACAGUGAUGCAGAGAUUCAGGCCAUUGAAAAGUUCCUCAAUGUUUUCCAGAGUGAAACCUUCCCACCUGGUGCCUCCAUCCUUUUUACUCAAUCACCGCUUGGGUCAUUGACGAUUAGCUUCUCUAAAGAUGAUUCACUUCCUGGCAUUGGGAAUGCUGUUAUAGAGAACAAACAAUUGUCAGAAGCAGUGCUGGAUUCCAUAAUUGGCAAGCACGGAGUUUCCCCUGCAGCAAAGUGUAGUAUUGCCAAAAGAGUAACAGAACUGUUAGAAAAGAGCAAUGCUGAGGCGCCGGUUUGUGAAAAAACAGGAAGUGAACUAUCCUCAAUCCAGUAAGUGGACUACAGAAAUUGAAGACAAAUCGAUCAUUGCAGAAAUUGAAGAGAAAUCUACCAUGUCAGAAAAUGAAGAAAGAUCUACCAUUCCAGAAAUUGGAGUCUACUUAGGACAAUAAAAGAGGUUCUAGUGCUGAGACUCCCUUGUCAACUCGGUCUGAUGUGUUGAGGUUUCCUGAUGAUACUAGAGGAAUGAUUUAGCCUAGCUUUUCUAGAUUCUCUACUAUGCCGUAGUGUGCAACAAGUUCCCAUCUCUGAGUCUGUGUUAAUUAUGUAAUGUGAGAGAGUCACCAUACCUUUGUUGAAUUUAUAUCAAUGUUCCUUGAAGAAUAUAUUCUUACCAUUUGAAUUGUGAGGAAUAUGUGACAGCAGUAAUGAAAAUAUGUUCUCAACA